AUGAUCUCAACUGCAGAUGAAGCAGUUCUCUCGUUCUUGGAAACUUUGAAAAGAAAGAAGGUUUUUGAAGACACUCUCGUUAUAGUAAUGGGAGACCAUGGAAGUCGGUUUUCAAAGUACCGUUCAACGUAUCAAGGAAAGAUCGAAGAACGAAUGCCUUUAACAGCCAUCUUCUUACCGGAAAAGCUAAAACAACGUAGACCCAACGCCCUGAAAGCGCUUAAACAAAAUAAAGACGUGCUGACCACACACUUUGAUCUACAUACGACACUACUUGACGUGUUAGACUUGAAGGACUACAGCAAUAAGUACAAAGUGCCCGGCUCUGAUAUACCGAGAGCUAUGACUUUAUUAGAACCGGUAAAUACUUUUGUUUCCUUGUAUUUAAUUCUGAGCUUACCUAUAGCUAAGUUAAGGCAUGAACAAUUAAGAGUUCUAGUUUAA